AUGGAGGUCAUCACUUUUUUCGUCAUCUUGUCUAUGUCGAUUGCGUUCAUAGCUAACGAUCCUAUUCAAACACCAUUUGGAGCCAUCGUUGCAUCAUUUGUUGUUGCGUUCUUCGCACUGAUUGGAGGCGCCUCGUUCAUCAACCAUGUCAUCAUCUCAGUCCAAGAGCGAUUGGUUGUACCACCAGAAGACGAUAUCUUCUCGAGACCCUCCCUGCGUAGAGUGACAGGCUACGGACCUGCAGAAUUCGACACCCAUGAUAAGUUCUAUCACACCUACGGCAUCUGCUGUGGCAAAAAGGGGCAAUGUCACUCCUGUCUUAAGCAGCACGCCGAACAGCUUAGAGACGAGCAGGUGGAAGACAAGUUUGAGUUCGACAGGAAGAUUAAGCAAGCCCUUGCCGAAUAG